GGCCCUCACUGACCUGUCUAGUUGCGGUCCAAAAUGAGGUCCCAGUGUGAGGUACAGCCCCUGCAUCAUCAUCAUGGCUACCGCGGGCCAAGAAACGAACGUGAAAACGUACUUCCUCCUCGUUUUUACCAAGAGAGAAGCUACCGCCACGGGUUUCUUGGAGCCGGUUUGGAUGCAGCCAUGUUUGGGGAGAUCCUGAGGUACAUCUACUCGGGAACCCUCCAUGUGUCCCUGGACAGAGUGCAGCACCUGUACCAGGCAGCUGACCUCCUGCACCUGGACUAUGUGAGAGACACCUGCAGCAGCUACAUGGCUGUGAACGUGGAGCGCUCCACCUGUGUGGAACUGUACAAGUUUGCUGAUGCCUUCGCUGUGGACAUUGUUUUGGACCGAUGUCUGCAGUGUAUCUGUCGGCACUUUGCUAAGCCUAAAGUUUCCAUCAGUGAAGAGUUCUGCAGCCUGAGUGUGGAUCAGCUGACUGAGAUCAUCAGCCAGGAUGAGCUGGAGGUUAAAGAGGAGACAAGAGUGUGGGAGGCUGUGGUGAGAUGGGUGCAGCACAGCAGGGAGGACAGACUGCAGCACCUACCCAGCGUCCUCCCUCACAUCCGCUUCACCCUGCUGACCUCGGACGCCAUGGCGGCCAUCUUGGAACAUCCCCUGGUCAGGGAGGAUCCUGGGAUAUCAAAGGUCAUCAGGAACGAGGUACAGACGGAGACCUCCACCCAGAAGACAAGAGUCGGGAUGGACACCCAGGAAAUGGCACUACUUUUUGGCUCAAGCAAGAGAGAGAUGCUGUGUAUGAACCCCAGAGUCAGGCGGUACAUCAGCUGUGGUUACCCAGCAGACCUUCCUCCUGUCGUCACCAUGACUGUUACCAGCGAUAACGACAUCUACAUCUUAGCUGGACACUCGCAUGCUGAACUAUCCCUGUUCGUGACAUCUACAUCUUAGCUGGACACUCGCACGCUGAACUAUCCAGGAGUAUCCCUAUUUGUCUACAACCAUGUGGGGAACAUGUGGAACAUUAACAACCGUUGUUUAAAAACUUCUAACCCUGACAAAACUAUCACAUUUUGGCACUUAUAGCUUUACUCAGCCACUGUUGUUAUUAUUCUACAAUACACACAAGAAAAGCUUGAUCUGACUAUUUAAAUUAAAAGAAAAUAGAAAAUUUCUGUUUGAAAAUCAAGGAUUUGGAUGAACACCCCUCCUGUAUAUAAAUUCACCACCCAUGUACUGGCAACCAUAUCACCGAUGUAUUAUUAAACUUUUUGAUAUGGAA